UGCUUAGACUGUGGGGUGCUUUAAAACCCCGUGCAGUUACAAGGGUGCAGCCUGCCCCCACUUAAAUGCAGAUGCUUUAAGAAUAAUUAUAAAUUGCUCAAUCUCCAUGUGAAGAAGCAGCAGCAGAACAGAGCUGAAACGUGCAGGGAAGGCGGCAGCACAGGCAGUCCUGAGGACACCAGCAACUGCCUUUCAGCUCUCACAUUUAUAAAUAUUUUACUUCCAGCCAACUGUGCCCAGAAUAACAAUUUUCUGCCUGAAAUCUCCAAGCUGGUGCCGGGAGGCUGUCAGGGACUCGCUUUCCCGGGACCCUCUCGACCUGUUGGGAAGGGGUCCGGGUCUCCAGAGGAGCGGCUUCAGAAGGAUCUGCCCCUAGUGGGAAGAGGCACCGAGAAACAAACACUGAGCAUCCGUUCAGCUGAUCGCAUUAGGGCUUCACGCUGCUGCCGCCACUCAGCCCUCUGCCGAUGCAGCCAUCCGUGCGCUUGGACAAACAUCCAGGCAGAGGGAAUGGCUAGGUCUGGAAACGUCUGCAGCUGCAGAAGGCUGCAGAGCUCUGCCGUGGAGCAGCCGUAGAGAGAGGCUGUUUCCCCGAGCAGGAGAGCGUUAUGAAACACGAGUGCACCGGCUGUGCCUGAGGAUUUUGGCAGCGCAGCGCGGAGGCUGCUUCCAUCCAGCCUGUUGGCGCAGGAGGCCAUGGAGCGGUUCCCUCCCGCCGGCCCCCGCAGGGCGCAGGACCCCGGAGCCCCGGCCCGGUGAGACACGGGGACCCCGGCGAGCCGCAGGGACCGCGGGGACGGCAGCGGUUUCAGCAUCGGCUGUUCGGCAGGACAUGAUGAAGGCAUCACCCUGGGAACGUACAGAGACCCUGGGCCAGCCUGGUGCCUGAGGCUGGUGGCAGUGCUGCACCAAGCUGGUCUCUGCUGCAGCUGGCUGGGAAGAAGCUUUUCAUCGGAGGAAGGCACCAAAGUGAUGGGCUGAACUUAUGGGAGGAAUGAGCAUCUGGUCAGGUGGAGAUUCAGGGACCUGUCAGGAGGCGUGAAGGGCCCAGUUUCAGUAAGGGCAUGGCCAAAGCUUUCUUCAGGCUACAGAAGUUUCUCCGUCGGACCCAGUUUCUGCUCUUCUUCCUCACAGCAGCUUACCUGAUGGCUGGCAGCCUCCUGCUGCUGCAGCGGACCCGCCUGGUUAUCCAGCAAGGUUCACACGGGACCUCCUCUAACCAGGCCCUGACAGUGCCAGAUGAGACACCCGGGGUUGGGAUGGCAGAGCCCAGGGCUCUGCAGAACCCCCGCCCUGCUCCCAGGCUGCUGGUGGGCAUGGAUGCGCUGCAGGAGCCGGCCCUGGACCAGCAGCACAGCCCACGCUGGCUCGUGUCCCGCAAUUCGGAGCUCAGGCAGCUGAGAAGAAGGUGGUUUCACAGGUUCAUCAGCAACCAGGAGCCCAUGGAGACAGCAGGAUUUAAAGUGAUCAAACACACUGCUGAACACAAAGGCACCUACAUAGGAUGCUUCACCGACGAUUCGAGGGAGAGGACACUGAAGGGAGCUGUCUUUUAUGACUUAAGAAAAAUGACAGUAGCUCACUGUCAGGAAGCUUGUGCUGAGAGGGCUUACACCUACGCGGGGCUGGUGUACGGAGCAGAGUGUUACUGCGGGAACACCCUCCCGGCCACCGCCUCCAGGCCUGAGGAGUGCAACAGCGAGUGCAAGGGGGAGAAGGGCUCUGUGUGCGGAGGGGUGAACCGGCUCUCGGUCUACAGGGUGGAGGAGCUGCGGGCAGGAGCCAGGAGACGGAGGAAUGUUAUCUAUCGAGGAUGUUUUAGAGCUCCAGAAAAUUUAACAGACACCUUUCCAGCCUCUUUGAUACAGCCCAAUUUGACGGUGGAGAUGUGCUCUGAAUUUUGCUCCAAGAAAGAGUUUCCCUUGGCAGUGAUCCAAGGGCAGGAGUGUUACUGUGGAUACCCCACCGGGCGGUUCUCUCUGCGCGAGGGCGCGGAUGGGCUGCGCUGCCGCGGGACACGCAACACCAGCAGCGCUGCCCAGGGAAAGUACUGCCUGGUCUAUCAGACACCCGUGCAAGACACUCGCUGCACAGACAGGAAAUUCUUAACCACCAAAUCCAAAGUGUUUGUUGCUUUGUCGAGCUUUCCUGGGGCUGGGAACACGUGGGCUCGCCACCUGAUCGAGCAUGCCACGGGAUACUACACGGGAAGUUAUUACUUCGAUGGAGCCCUCUACAACAAAGGUUUUAAAGGAGAAAAAGACCACUGGAGAAGUAGAAGGACCAUCUGUGUGAAAACACACGAAAGUGGCAAGACAGAGAUUGAAAUGUUCGACUCGGCGAUCCUGUUGAUAAGGAACCCCUACAAAUCACUGAUGGCAGAGUUCAACAGAAAAUACGCCGGGCACCUGGGCUAUGCCACCGACCGCAACUGGAAGAGCAAAGAGUGGCCAGAUUUCGUGAACAGCUAUGCUUCCUGGUGGGCCUCCCACGUCCUGGACUGGCUGAAGUACGGGAAGCGCCUGCUCAUUGUCCACUAUGAAGACCUAAAGCAGAGCCUCAUCCCCAAGCUCAGGGAGAUGGUGGAGUUUCUGAACGUGACAGUGACAGAGGACCGGCUGCUCUGUGUGGAGAACAACAGGGAUGGGAAUUUCAAGCGGUCAGGUGCUAAGCAAAAGGAUUUUGAGCCAUUCACCCAGGAAAUGAAAGAUCUUAUCAACAGAUACAUCCUGACGGUGGAUGAAGCCCUGAGGGGAAGAAACUUCACAGGGCUGCCCAGGGAGUACGUGCCAAGAUGAUAGCCUGGUAUCACACUGCUGUGGUUAAAAAUAAAGUAUUUUUUUCUUAAAAAAAA